AUGAAUGUUGAAUCAUUAUUAGCUCAAGCCACUGUUGCUAAAGAUAGAUAUAUUGAAGUUGAAGCCAAAAACAACGAUUACAAGUUAAUCCUUGACAAUCAGAAAGUCUUAAUCAACGAUUUUGCCCAAUCAAUGCCAGACAUCGACGAAACAGAAAAGAAGAUGCAAGAAUUAGACAAUGAAAUUGCUUCAAUUGAUGAGCAGCUUCAGCAGUCUCAAUCUAUUUUAAUUCAAGCAUUAUCUGCUAAUAAGGCAAAGAAAGAAUCAACAGACGUAUCAGGCAUCCUUAGCAACACAAUAAGCACCCUUCAAGAUACAUUAUUCGAUCUUGGAUCUGCUGCUACUUCCCAGAACGAAUUUAAUGUUCCAAUCUUUAAAUUAAUCGAUCUUGAAGAAAGCGUUUCUAAGAUCAUCGGCUCUCUUGAAGAAGCUAACUUAUAUCCAGAGUCUGAAAAGGAUCAUGCUGAGAGAAUCAAGAGAACACAGCUCCACUCUGCAAAGUUAGCACAGUUCCUUCGCCUUUUGAAGGAAAUCUACGCAAAGGCAUCAGCUGAGCAAAAAGAAUAA